AUGAUAGAAUGUCAAACUGAUGCCGGGUUGCCGGCAUGUAAUCUCGGUACGUUACGUAUCGCCACCAUUCCUGUUGAAGGAUGUAAAUCAUAUCCUUUUCAAAAUACUAGGAUUUUCGUGUUGAGCGUCUGCCGAGGAGAUGUCGGGUCACGAGGCAGUAACCAUAGCUACCGUUCAUCUGGUAAAAAUGGUAAAAAUAUUAUCUUUUGUACAUCGAACCUAACUCGUUCGGCCACAGUGUCCUAUACGGCAACAUUGUUAUCGAACGUCGCAGUCGCCGCUUUCACCGCCCAGCGCACCCAAAGUCAUCGUUUUCUUUUCAACGGCUAA